UUACAUCCAAUGGAGACAGUGAAAGUCGUUUUUUUAAAGAAGCUGAUCAUUAUAUUUCAACGUUAAAAGAAAAAUAUCGUGAAAAAACUGUAAUAACAAAGCGUUCGCAUGAUGAUAUUUUAAUUGCAUUAAGAAUGGACAGAGGAGUAAUGACACCACGAUUACAGAUUGACUUGAUUGAUAUGAGAAGUCGUCCGGAUAUUAUUGUUUCUAAAGAUUUCGUUUGUUCCUGGAUUUUGAACUGCAAAGAUCAUUUUUCGAAAUUUACAUGGGCAUUUCCAUUGAAAGCUAAAUCACCUGAGGAAGUUGUCAUUCAUUUACGCAUGUUAUUUUUUACAUUUGGUCCGUGUCGGUUGCUGCAUUCUGAUAAUGGUAGGGAGUUUGUGAACAAACUUGUUGUCGAUUUAAAAAAUCUUUUUCCAAAUAUGUUCAUUGUCCAUGGUCUACCGAGAAAUCCAAAAUGUCAGGGUUUCGUGGAACGAGCAAAUGCGGUUUUGUGCGCCUCGCUAGGCAAAUGGUUGUCGUCCACCGGUUCAUUACAUUGGUCGGAGAGUUUGAUGCCAGUAGUAUAUGGUAUUAACACAAGGGUCGCUGGAGGUACAAAAUGUACUUCAUAUGAAGUGAUGUUUGGUCAAAAACCGCGUUCAGAUUGUGUUUUCUGGGACAAUAUUCGAGUUGUUGGUGUUGUUGAACACGACGAUCUUCCAAAAGACAUACAUGAGAUGAUUCAAAAUGCGGAAAAUAUCGAAGAUGAUCAGAAUGUAGCGAGUAGUAGUAAUUUUACAGACCAUGAAGUUGUUGCAGAUAUUGCUUCAUUGCCUAGUUUGUAUAAUCCAUCCAACAUUGUUAUUAUUAACACAAAUCCAGUUCCUAACGACCUCAAUAUUGUUUCAGGUACAAUUGUUGUUGAUCCAACUCAAGAAAUUCGUAAAUUUGCUGCAGAGAAUUAUUUAAAUGAGGCAAAUAAACGUCAAAAAACAUACGAUGAUCAUAUGAAAAAUUUAUCUGUUGUGUAUCAUGUUGGAGAUUGUGUUGGUGUGCGAAUUGAUAAAGUUGAUAGAACGAAUACAGAUCCCAGGGGUAAAAAAAUUGACAAAAAAACGCGUUUUUUUUUCGUUUUUAACGACCAAAAAACGCGUUAAAGGUUUCAAAACCAACGCUUUUUUUUGUCGUUUAAACGCGUUUCUUUUUAAUCUAUUCGUUUGAAAACGCGUUUUUACGAACGCGUUAGCGAACGGCCAUUUAUAAACGCGUUAGCGAACGAUCGUUAAAAGAGCCGUUUAAAUGCGUUUUUUGUCGGUUAAAAAUUUUUAAAUAAAC